AUGUCGUCAAUUUUCUUCGAUAACCACCUUCCCCUCAGCGACGCCUCGUCUGUUCGCUGCAUCGCUUGGAGUUGGGGCGAGGACUCGCCGCUGCUGGCAGUCGCUGAAGGCAGCAAUCUCCGAAUAUUUCGUGAAGAAGGCGAAGAGCUUCAAGACUUUUGCCAAACAAGACCAGUGCAGUGUACAGCCCUUGCCUGGCACCCUCAUUCCAAGGUGCUUGCUGCAGGCUGGGAGGAUGGCGCGGUGACAUUUAGCGGCCCUGCCUGCAGCAGCGCACGAGAUGAUCGGGAGGUCCACAGAGACUCAAGGAUCAUGAGCAUCGUUUUCAAUCCGCACGGGAGCAGAUGCGUGACCACUGACAACAAUGGCGUUGUCGGAGUCUGGAAGACCGACAUGCGAGGUUUGUGCAAUCAGAUGUGCCACUACAGGAAGACCGGCGCGCAUGAUAAAGUGAUCUUCCGAACCAUGACGCCAUCAGGCGAGCCGAACCUGGACAACCCGCCCUUCUUCUUCGGCGGAGAACAAGGCAUCAUCUAUCUGGCCGAUGACUUCGGUCUCUGCUCCGAACGCUACAAGAUCGGUUCCCCGCUGCUGUUGUUGGAGUACUAUCGCGAGAAGGAUGUGGUUGUCCUGGUCACGACAAGUGUGAUCCUGGUCCAGUUCUCGCUGUCUGCCGAUGGCAAGGUCUCCAACGAGUCCAAGCUGAAGCUCUCGUGCGGGCCGAGCCCGGAGAAACUCCAGGGAUGCUGGGCCCGGAGCCUGAGGGAUGCUGCACAUCAGGAUGCGCCAAGCAAGGCAGCUGAUGAUGCCGCCGUGACGGUCGUGACAGACGAUGACCUACAACUUGCGGUGCCUGCAUAUCCAGAUCAUGCGCACGACUGGGAAGAAACGAUUUCUGAAGGGGAUGAGGUUGGGAAGGCCAGGUACUUUCCCGGAAAUCUGGACGAGACGCCGUCCAGAACUGGGUAUCUCACGGAGCGCUCUGACCGGUUCUCCAUGCUGUCCGUUGCAGGCGACGCUGCCAUGCCAGAAUCUUUGCCACUCCUUCUGGUCCUGUUUGCGUCCCUGAUCGCUGCACUCUUGGGAGCUCUUGUUGCCGGUCUCCAUACCAUGAUCAAGUACGUUGGCUGUCCACUUGGCACCAAUGGCUGCAACAGCUUCUCAGGCUAUGAGUAUGCCAAGAAAGGCUUUCUGCUAGUCAAUGCCAUGGAUGGAUACAUUCCAGAAGCUGGAGUCAACGUGCUGAUGGCGAUGACCUGCAUGCUUGCGAUUGGCGUGAUCGUCGAAGUGCUCCCUGAGAAAUCUGGCCUGGGAAAACAGGUACUUGGGGGCGGCACGGUGCAGUCACUUCUAGCAGUUGCAGCCGGCAUCCCCAUAGCCUUCCGAUGUGCCCUGCUACGGGUAGUGAUCACGGCAUUAUACUUCGCUGGUGGAGGCACCAUGGGCGGAGAUGGGCCAACUAUUCAGGUUUGCACAGCAGUCGCUGGUAUGAUCGGAUGGCUGUGCGGAAUUCGGGCGCCACGAACGCAGUCCCUUCUCGCAUCGUUGGGUUUCUGCUGCGGUUUUGCCGCCAGCUUCAAUGCACCGUUAUCCGGGAUCCUGUUCGCCAUGGAGGAGCUCUCACACGUGUCGUCUCGCCUGACGACGCGAGUGAUGUGCAUCAUCCUGGUUGGCUCCAUCAUCUCCACAGCGGUAAUGCGUGGAUUUCUUGAGAACAAAGUCUUGUUCAAAGCAGUUUACCCGGACAACCUGGAAGACAUGGUGGCAGGAGGAUCAAUAGAAACCAUCUUUGGAAAGAGCAUGUGGAUGCUCGUAUCCAUCGCUAUCGGUUUGCUCUGUGCUUUAAUUGGCUAUGUCUUCCACAAGGGUUUCGCAUUGACGCACUGGCUCCUAACCAAGAAGGUCUAUGAGUGCUGCCCCAGAUACCUAGUCUUCAUGACGCUGGGUGGGAUGACCGCUGGCAUUGGAGCUGUCGUCUUCCACCUCACGGGCCUGCGUGGUGUGUGGGGAAUUGGCAUCAAGGAUCUUGGUGAGGUCCUUGUUCAGAACCCAGACAUUGAGGCCACAGAUCUGCUGAUCUUCGCCCUUGGCAAGCUGGCCGCCUUCAUGCUCGGCGUUGCGGCGCGCUUUCCGGGGGACACCUUGGAGCCCGUCCUGAUCGCUGGUGGAUUCAUGGGUGGCUUCGUGGGGAAGAUCCUGCCUGCAUCCAUGCUGGGCCCGGAAGCCAACGCCGCCUGCGAGAUCUUUGGCAUGGUGGGCCUCUUUGCGAGCUGCUUCAGAUUUCCGCUGACCCCGGUGGUGAUCGUGCUCGAGUUGACGGGGACGCGCACCUACAACAUCAUCCUGCCGGUGGCCCUGUCCUCCUUCACUGCCUUGGCAGUCUCAAACCAUCUCUUCCCUCCCAUCCUGGAGCAGAUCCUACACCAGGAUGGCAUCGAUCUGGAAGCGGUCGCUGAGUUGGCAGAAUUCGCCGAUGACGAGGAGCUCAGCAUGCGAGAUUUCGAGGAACGAAGUGAUAGCCACAGCCACAGCUACAGUGAGAAACCGGUCGAGGGCGAAGCUUCCCAGGAUGGAUCUCAUUUCGAGACUAGGAGGACGGAUUCCAUCGAUUCCAAUGGAGCUCCAAGGGGAACUCCAUCGACCUUCCAAGUAUUCAUGGGAAGACUGGAGGAGUCAAUGUUUGACGUGUCUUCUCAUGACCGCACGGACCGUACAAGACGCUUCUCCGUCUCAGAGCCGUUUGCCGGUGGCCGAGGAGGCUCAGCCCACCUUUCUAACGGACACCUGCCGCUCAUGAAGCACCUCUCCACUGGAGGAGGCUAUGGCCGAGGUAUCCGGAGGUUCUCCAUGACCUCCAGUAUGCGGUCCGAGGACGUGCACAUGCUGGACAGGAGAUACUCGCACUCCUCCAACGCAAGCAGCAGGAGACGUCCCAGCCACGGCGGUAGCUCUGUUCAUGGCCACUUUGACCGAAGACAUUCUGGGAGGAGGAAUUCUCACAGAAGGACAUCGGAAAGAGCUCGAAGCCCAUCAGGCCGAAGGCACUCCGGCAGAAGUCCAAACGGUCACGAACACCUUGACGGGGCACGACCAGGCUUGCUGGCAACACCUGGGCCGGUACUGCCCCCUCCCGAUAAGGCGGCUCACGAUAAGGCAGACGCGCAUGUAGAGGAGGAUGAGGCUGGGCCUGGGUUGCUGGCGACUUGCAGCCACGAGAGCAUUGUCAGGUUGUGGAACCUGGCAGACGAUGAGAACUACAUCCUUUCUCUCCAGGGCAUCGAUGAACGGAACAGCCUGAGCGGGGACAAGGUCACGAGUAUUGACUACAACCCCCGGAAGCAGGUGUUGGCUUGUGGCACGCGGGGGGGUCGCAUGGUCCAGUGGCGCUGCUGCACGCUUUCUGGCACGCCCAAGUCCGAGGCCAACUGGCAGGUGCUACCCGUGAUCAGUGCAAGCGACUGUACCAUCGACAAGCUGACCUGGGGUCCUGGAGAAAGCCUCGUGCAUGUCAGGACAGAUCGUAACAGCGUCAUUCUGUCCGAGGCGCAGCUCAACACAGCCUUCCAGGCACCGAUCAUGGCAGUGCAGACAGCCCCAGCAGAGAUCAUGAUCUAUCACACGGAGAAGCAGAUGCAGAUUGGUCUCAGCUCCCCUUUCCGUGUCAAGGGUGUCAGUGUGGGAGGGAGCACGAUUCUGCUCUGGAACAGCAAGCAGAUCAUGCUGUACGACAUCGACGUGACCAUGCAAGCCUCCGUCUUGAGUCAGUUCACGCGCUCCUACGACAUCGUGGCUGCUGUUCUAUUCUGUCAGAGCCAUGAUCGUGUGGUGGCCAUGGCCAGUGGAUCGAAGAUCGAGUUCGCGAACAAGCAAGGCCACGUGCAGAAAACGAUCCAGUUUUCCGAGGAGGUGGAAGGGCUUCCCACUUGCCUGGAUGUGUGUGGCGACUUCCUGGUGGCCUCCACCUCCUUAAACUUCAUCAAAGUCUGGAAGGUUUCCCAGGACAAGCCGAAGCCAGUCGGCGCCCCGAGGAAGUUUGAAGGACUGGAGGAGCGGUCGCUUGGAGAAAUCAGGUCAGUGCGGAUCAACAAGACGGGCACUCGCGUCUCCAUGCUGGUGGACCAGAGGCUUGGUGCCAACGGCCAACCCGCCGAGGGCGGGGCCCUGCGCGUGCCUGAUGGACGGAUGUUUGUGUACGACACAGAGUCCGACAACUUCCUCACGUACAAUGUGGGCAAAAGCUGCGUCCCAGUGGCCCACUUCUGGGACUCUUCCGACGCUCGGCUGCUCUGCUGUGAAGUCGUGCCCCAGGCCCUGGCCUAUGACGGACAGGCCCAGCCUCCAAGCCCCACGGCCGCAGAGAAGGAGGACGAGUCAAAGAACCAGCCGCAGCAUUGCGCGAUGACCUUAUUCGUCGCGAACUCCGAGCAGAUUCUCCUCCAGGACAGCAUUCCUUGUGUCGAUCCAGACAACCACAGCGUAACUCAGAUGCCCGUGGCGCUCAUGGUGCCGCACGUCUACUUUGCUCGGCAAGGGGAGGCAGCUGUCACUGAGGGCGCGGAGGAGCCGUCCUCCUUGAUCAGCCGAACGGUCCUGAGAGAUUUCGCUGGCCUGGAAAAUAUGGAUGAAGAGACCACUGCUGCCCUGCUCAACUUUUCCUACCACCUCGCCUGCGGAAACACGGAUGAGGCAUACAAGAGCGUCAAAGGCGUUCGCUCGACUGGAGUCUGGGAGAGCAUGUCCAAGAUGUGUGUGAAGACAGGCCGCUUGGAUGUGGCCCAGAAGUGCCUGGGACAGAUGGGGCACGCCCGUGCUGCUGGAGCACUGCGUGCCUGCCUGGAGCAGGAGACCGAGGCACGCUUGGCAAUUGUUGCCGUUCACCUGGACAUGGUCGAUGAUGCGGAGCAGUUGUUGAAGAAGUGCGGAAGGUUCGACUUGCUGAAUCAGCUGUACCAGGCGUGUGGCUCGUGGGAGAAGGCCCUGGAAAUUGCGAAGACGAAGGAUCGCAUUCAUCUAAAGCCGACCCACUACGCUUACGCGCAGCACUGUGAGGCGGUGGAGGAUGUGCAAGGAGCACUGACCCACUAUGAGCUCUCUGGUACCUACCGCACCGAGUCCCCGCGCCUGCUCUGCUCCAUGGGCAUGACAGAGGACCUGGGUAGCUAUGUUGAGCAGAGUGACGACUCGCAGCUUCACAGAUGGUAUGCCCAGUACUUGGAGUCAAAGGCGGACUUGGAUGGCGCCUCGCGAGAGUACAAGAAGGCUGGGGACUGGCUCAGCCUGUGCCGCGUCGCAUGCUUCAACGAGGAUCUGGAGAGCGCGCAGAGGAUCUGCGAGGACUCUCAGGAUCAAGCAGCCUGCUACCACCUUGCCAGGCACUUGGAGGCCGGAGGCAACUUCAAGGAGGCCAUCCACUUCUUCCAGAUGGCCGGGCGUGUGGGCCAUGCGCUGCGCCUUGCUCAGGAGAACAACUUCGAUGGAGAUCUCAUGAGCCUUGCACUCUCUGCAGAUCCUCAGAGCAUGGCGCAGGCCGCCAAGUAUUAUGAGCAGCGUGGGCAGCCUCAGAAAGCAGUCAUUCUCUAUCAGAAAGCUGGUCAGCAGAAGAGGGCACUGGAGUUGUGCUUCUCUGCACGGCUCUUCGAUGCUCUGCGCAAGAUUGCAGAUGAUCUCAGUGCAGAGAGUGAUCCUGCGAUACUUGCGAAAUGUGCCGAGUUUUUCAUGCAGCAUGAGCAGCAUGACAAAGCGGUCCACCUGCUGUCCAUCUCAAAGCAGUAUGACAGAGCAGUGCAGCUAUGCACUGAGCACGAUGUCCACAUCACCGAGGACAUGGCGGAGCGGAUGACCCCAGACAAAGGUAGUAUGGACGCCACCUCCAGGUCAGAGAUUUUGCAGGACAUUGGCAAGCUCUGCAAGAAGCAAGGAUCCUUCCAGCUUGCCUGCAAGAAGUUCACCCAGGCCGGAGACAAGCUCAAGGCGAUGAAGAGCCUGCUUAACAGCGGCGAUACAGAGAAGAUCAUCUUCUUCGCUGGCACUGCGCGACAGCCCGACAUCUACGUCUUGGCCGGGAACUACCUGCAGAGCUUGGACUGGCACGCUGAUCCGGACAUCAUGAAGAACAUCAUUCAGUUCUACAGCAAAGCCAAGGCGUACGACAAAUUGGCUUCCUUCUACGAUGCUUGUGCUCAGGUGGAGGUUGACGAGUACAGGGACUAUGAGAAGGCGGGUGGCGCGCUGCGCGAGGCCUUGAAGUACAUGGCCAAGGCAGCUGGCGACACUGCCGAAAGCGACGAGCGAGUGAUCUCGCUGCAGAACCGGAUCGCUCUUGUUGACGAGUUUGCCAAUGUCAGGAAGAUGGCCAAAACUGAGCCAGAUCAAAUGGUUGCCGUCUGCGAAAGGAUGGUGACUCUGCCAGACAUAGACGCUGCAGUCCGGAUCGGCGACAUCUUUGCGCAGCUUGUGGAAUAUUACGUUGAGUUUAACGACUACAAUUCUGCGUACAGGACGGUGGAGCGCAUGAGAGAGCGCGGCAUCGUGCUGACGCCGUACCUGGACAGAGCCCUGCUCGAGCGCAUCUACGGUGCUGUUGGGCAACCGCUUCCAGAGUCGGAAGCAGCUCCAGCCGCACCUGCCGGCGAGGAUGUGGAUGAGGAGAUCGCAGAGGAAGACUAG